UUACACACACGCAGGGAGCGAAGUGAAGAUAGACGUCAGGAAACAGAGAUGUUGAUGGAAUCUCAUCUACAAUCAAUUAACGAACUAAAAAAGAAAGUAGACGAGUUGACGGUCCAAGCAGACGAAGCUGCUUCUUUAAGAGACCAAUUAGAAGAAUAUAAACAUGUCAUGGAAAAAAUGCAAAAAAUGGAAAUUACCUUGGAAAAGUACAAAAGAAAGGUGGAAGAGACGGCUGAUUUGAAAAGACAGAUUAAAGCUUUAGAAGAGCAAAACGCCAGCUUAUUAGAACGUAGUCAUCAAGUAGAGGAUGAGUAUCGUAAAGUGUUAGCGUUCAAGACAUUGAUGGACUCAUACAAAGAACAAGUGCAGCAGCUCGAGAUGGGAAAUAAGGAAAUUUUAAAGGAAAAGACAAGGCUGGAAGAAGAAUUAAAGUCAGUGGCAGAAACAUGUGCAUAUCUGGAAAGCGAACGAGAUAGGAAUAUGGAGCAAGUACAACUGCUUGAAGAGCAUAUAAAAGAACUUGAGUUUGGAGGUGGUGCUGCCUUGGAUGGAACUAUUGUCAGCCAUAGAGCAAGUAUAGAGGAAGGACUAGACGAAGAAGGAAAUACGAUGGAAGAAAACGUAAAGAAGGCCAAUUUGACAGAACUGUAG